UCUAAUCUAAAAGGUGCAAUACGAAAGUGGAUAAUGAAAUUGGUAGCUUUGCUUCUAUUUUGUAGUGUUCUAUGUCUACCACCGGGAAAUUGUUCCAGAGAUCGUAUUACCAUUAGUCAAUUCCUAUCAUUCCUUCACAAAGUUUCGGAACUUUUCGAUAUAUUACGAAAAAAAUAUGAAUCAGAUGAACUUGUUCCCUUCAAAUUUGCGUACGUUUAUCAGACCUAUCAGGUAAUGCAUCUUUAUCCGGAACUUCCCGUCGUGUAUCGAGAUUGGUUGAAACACUUCCAUGUGGCAUCAAAACCAACAACUCCGCCCCAUUCAUUAAUGAAUCCAACAAUUGAAACAUCUCCCAGAUCAACAUUGACGGCAAUAUACACAACCAAAAGAGAGUCUAGACAAACUUCACCAACAGAAGAGACGACAGAGGAGUCGACCACAGAUGAUUUUUUUUCAGAAGAUUUUACAGCAACUUCCACAAAGGACAUGCCAACAAAAGGUCCAACUUCCGAGGAUACACCCACAACAAGUUCUCCAACUGAAAUUUCUAGAGAAGAAGAAAUGAAGAGUGAAACGCCCUUUCCGAAAACAGUAUCAACAACAUGCACUCUCCCAGCUUCAAUGAUGCCUGUUAAGAGACGCACUGCAUCUAAACGAGUUGUUAGAGAAAGGGACGACGAAGAUAAAGAUGCUCGAAGAGUAGUUAAAGUCUUGAAUGAGAUCACUGAAUUUGCAUCAAAAUGGGGUGGACCUAUCUCUACGUUCAAAUCCAGGCUGCAAUACUUCGAAAAGACUCUCACCAAUGGAAGGUUCGCUUCGAAAACUUCGGAAAGAAGGAAGGCUCGACAGUUCACCGCCAUAAUAAGAGGUGCAAAUCGGGCAUUCCGAGCUAAUAUGAAAAAGAUUCAGAAGAAGAUUUCUAACUAUACUAACCAAGCCGUUGAUGCAACCGAUUUGAAAAAUAUCGAAAUUUUGAUGAAAACGAUCUCUGAAUUACCGCAAGUGCUAACUCAGUCUCUAGUUGGAUAAAACUUUAUAGGAGGUUCGCUGAACCCGUUUGUCAAUAAAUGCGUACCUUUUUCCAAGAUACCUUACACAUUACAAAACCUACUAUAACGAUAUCUUUAAAUAUGAAUGCAAUAAAGACAGAAAAAGAG